AUGACUGGCGAUACGCCCUUGGGCCUCCACCUGGUGGUAUCUGAAACGCCACCAGGUGGUGAUACUACACCGUUGACCGUCGAUGCUUCAGACGAGUACCUGGAUGAGAUAGUGGAGACACGAGCCACCUCCAUUUUCCACGGCUCCGGCAGUUGUGCCAUGGGCAGCGUAGUGGACUCGGAGCUGAGGGUAAAGGGUGUUCAAAACCUGAGAAUCGUCGACGCUUCGGUGUUCCCCGUGUCUAUCGGCCGGCACCUUCAGGCUGCUACGUAUGCUCUAGCAGAGCAGGCAGCCGACAUCAUCUCGAAGGAUAAGACCAUCCCGAGCCGGGGUGGUUGA